AUGGGCUGUUUUUAUUCUAGACGCAGAGUCGAGGAUGACAUUAUAUAUGACAUGUCACCGAUCAGACACCUGCCAGUUAUCUUCGUGAAUGGAGUGCCUGGUGCUGGGAAACAGACGGUCGCUCAGACGAUAUCCAACAUUACGGGUUACACGAUGAUACGACCGGGGGAGCUGAUUAGGGCGGAGGCAGAGAAGGACACGGCCAGGGGACGGUUAAUAGCUGAUAAGCUACAGGCCCAGGAACUUGUACCUGAGCAACUCACAGUCGACAUGAUCAAAGAAACGAUGUUAAUGCAUCAAGAUGCUAAAGGGUUCAUCUUAGUGGGAUUUCCAAAAAAUCACAGAAUGUCCUAUAUAUUCAACCGUCAGGUGAAGUGGCCGGAAAAAGUUGUAGCAUUGGAAGUUGACAAUGAGGUUGCAGCGAGUCGGUUACAGAACAAAUUAUCAGAGCUUGGACGGCCGGAGUAUGAAAUAAACGCGGCGCGGCAGAUCGUUAAGGAAGCUGCGCAAAAAGUCAAAAAUGUACACAAACGAUUUGGAGGACAUGUUAUCACGGUGGAUAGCAGCCGCAACCCUAAAGCACUGGCGUCUGCACUCCAGGAGAUUCUGUCAGAUACAGUAGAAAAAAACAAGAAGUCUGAAGACUCAGAGGAAUUACCAGUUAAUACAUCUGCACCAGAAAUCGUUGCCGAACCCCCCCUCCCCGUCCCCACUAUUGAUACCAUAGACAAUGAAGUAAAAUGA